AUGAACUUGUCCGGUCCUCUGGACAGCUUUGGAGACGCUUUCUUGAAAAACUUCAUCACCUUCUCUCUCGGCAUCAUCAUCAGCUGCAUCAACGGAGCCUUCGUCUACACAUACUUCCAGAGCCAGGAGUUCCAGAGAGACCCCAGGUAUGUUCUGUACAUCCACCUGGUCAUCAAUGACAUGAUCAUGCUGGCAUGUUCUGUGGUGCUGCAGAUCGUCUCUUAUGCCAUCCCUACAGGAUUCACUUCCUGCUGCAUCAUCCUCGUCAUCAUCAUCACUACCAACAAGAACAGCCCUCUGAACUUGGCCGGUAUGGCGGUGGAGCGCUACAUCGCCGUCUGCCGUCCUCUUCAUCACGUUCAGAUCUGUACGGUGCAGCGAGCUCAUGCUCUCAUCGCGCUCAUCUGGACUGUGUCCUUCAUCCCUGCUGUAACUGACGUCAUCAUCAUCCUCGCCACCCAGCCCCUCUCUGUGUUCUCACAGACCGUCACAUGCUACCCAUCCAACGUGUACCACACGUCGUACCACGUCAGAAAAAGACUCUUCAUUCAGGUUAGCCUGCUGUCCUUCGUCUCUCUGACCCUGAUCGUGACCUACGUGAAGGUCCUCUGCACCGCCAAGGCCAUGUCUGGAUCUAACCAAGCCUCGGCCAGGAACGCCCGCAACACCAUCCUGCUGCACGGCGUCCAGCUGCUCAUCUGCAUGCUCUCAUACAUUUCCCCCUUCGUCACUCUGUCUUUAGUCACCAUUUCUCCCCAUGAGAGCACCAAGAUCUACUUCACUAGCUUUGUGUUGACCAACAUACUCCCUCGCUUGCUGAGCCCGCUCAUCUACGGCGUCCGAGACAAAAAGUUCAGCCGCCACAUCAGGCUGCACUUCUGCUGUAAACGCUUUCAAUCUGAGAGGAAGAGAGUCCACGCGGCAGGGCCGCGGAGACGGUCUGCUAAAGUGUUACACUGA